UCGCGAGAAGAUGUGGAUGACGCGAGAGUGUUUUUGUAACGUUUAGGAAAUAGAACCGCGCGGUGCCCUUUGCAGCUGUGAAACAGUUGCGUCCAUGGCGGGACGAUUAAAGAAACAGCUGAAAGAGGCAGUAAGGAUCAUCGGCUCAGGCAGCUUUUUGUUUGCUUCCUACCUCACGGUGGUUGGAGAUGAGCGCUUCUAUGCCAACCACCUGAUGCCUCUGCUGCAGAGGCUUGUGGGUGCAGAAACAGCACAUGUGUUGGCAGUGAAGUUAAUAGGACUGGGUCUGGUUCCUCUAAACCGCUACCAGGACCCUGCAUCACUGGAAGUAAAUGUACUUGGACUCAAGUUCAGAAACCCUGUUGGGAUUGCUGCAGGCUUUGACAAGAACGGCGAGGCUGUUGAUGGCUUAUUCAAAUUGGGUUUUGGUUUUGUUGAAGUUGGUACCAUCACUCCGAAACCUCAGGAGGGGAAUCCUAAACCGCGUGUGUUUCGUCUCCCUGCAGAUCAGGCAAUUAUCAACAGGUACGGAUUCAACAGCUGUGGUUUGUCUGAAGUCCACACAAGGCUAAAGGCUAGGGGGGAAAUGCAGCAGGAGCACAGUAACACCGGCCUGCCCCUUGGCAUCAACCUGGGGAAGAACAAGCAUUCCCAGGAUGCUGCUGCAGAUUACUCUGAAGGGGUGAGAGCUCUGGGCCCACUUGCUGACUACCUGGUGGUCAACGUCAGCAGCCCCAAUACGCCAGGUCUGCGAGAUCUGCAGGGGAAGGCUGAACUUCGCCAGCUUUUACGCACGGUGUUGAAAGAGCGUGAUGGUCUGCAGGAAGAACGCAAACCUCCAGUCCUGGUUAAGAUCGCUCCUGACCUCUCCGCCCAGGACAAGCAGGACAUUGCAGAUGUUGUUGCUGAGUUGGGAGUGGAUGGUCUGAUGGUGUCUAACACCACUGUGUCCAGACCAGAGGCACUUCAGGACCCACACAAGUCUGAGACUGGUGGGCUAAGUGGCCAGCCCCUUAAAGACCUCUCCACUAGGACUGUCAGCGAAAUGUACAACCUAACCAAAGGCAAAGUACCCAUCAUUGGAAUUGGUGGCGUGGCCAGUGGGCAGGAUGCAAUGGAUAAGAUUCGUGCCGGUGCUUCUCUGGUGCAACUUUAUACUGCUUUGACCUAUCAGGGUCCACCUGUAGUGAAGAAGAUAAAGCGAGAACUGGAGAAGCUUCUUAAAGAUCAAGGUUUCAGCUGUGUAUCCGAGGCUGUCGGCGCAGAUCACAGGCAAGAAGAAAAAAAAUCUUAGCACACACUCCCAAGGCUCUGCAACACGUGUACCUGUCUCCUCCAUCGACGCUAAAUAAUCAGCCUUCUGUCAUAUACUUGGAUUAACUUCUAUCGUUUGUUUUUCCAUUCUGAUUUUCAGGAUGGCAAAUGAAUGAUCUGUUUUUGUAUUUAGGUUCAAAGUUUGAAUAAAUUAAAUGAACACCUUAACAAUACAUCUUCAAUACUUUACUGUGUUUUUUUGGUUUUGUUUACAGUAUUAAAAAGCUGAUUUGCACUGCAAAAAAAUGAGAAGUCAAAUAUUCAAAUGUGUAUUUGCACUUUGUUUUUGCAGGCAAGUAAAAUCAUCUGCCAGUGGAAUAAUGUGGCCUCUAAAAUCAAAUAAUAUGCUGGAGCUAACAUAAUAUGAUGAAUUUGUUUUGGGUUUUUUUUUAUUUUGAGGUUGGUAAUAAAUAUUCAAUUGAAAGAUCAUUUUACUUGUCUUCUCAAAUUAAGUGCUGAUAGACUUAUUAAAGAACUUUUUACAUACUUUUUCCAUUUUCUGCAGUGUGCUACCUGAUUGUAGCAGGUCAUGUUUUGUUACAGUGUAACAGCAGUUAGUGUUUUUAAACUUCAUAAAAACACCAAAGUGCUUUAAUGUAUGUUUUAAUGGUACAAAUGUGUUUGCCAUGUUUGUGUAAAGAACUAAAUUGCCAUGAUUAUGUUCUAAUAAACAAAACUUGAUGGAAUUAUUAAAUAUAAUUGGAAAACACAAACACAGAUUUUCACAUGGCUCCUUCUUUUCAAAUAUCAUCAGUUAUAUCUGGCAAAGUGUGAAAACUGUAAUACUGCGGUUAAAACUAAAUCCUAACUAACCUCAUUCAGGUUGUAACGAACAAGGCGACUCCUGCUUGAGGUUCAGUAUUUUAAAGCUGAUUUAGUUCCACUAUCAUGGGAUGUUCAUUUGUCAAAUUGAUUUCCAAGAUUUCCAGCAAUG